UCUUAUCCGGGAAACGUAGUCGCGUCGAAAGUGCCGCGAUCGCAGUGAAAUCAAAGGAAACCAAAAACCCAACGUCUUUCUUUGCAAAUACGUUGUAUUCGAGAUGCGGAGGAGCGACAGUUUCGGUAACACCGGCCUGGUGUUCCUCGUUGUCGGAUCGGUCUUGUGUUUCGAACAAAUCGCGGGACAACAAAUCGGGACUGCGAAGUACGGCGAACAAUGCGAGAGGGACCGUAACUGUAUACCUCAUGCGUUCUGCCGGGUACAGAAGAGCUGCGUCUGCGAGGCGUAUUAUUCACCGACUCUGGACCGAACAAUGUGCAUCGCCAAUGAGGGGGCAUCUUGCAUCGACAACUCUACCUGUCGAUCGAUGACUAACGCCGUGUGCAGACAGGGAAAAUGCACUUGCCAAGACUCGUACGCGUUGGACACGAGGAACUCGUCGAAUUGCAUUAGCAGACCAUCGAGGGAGGGCGAUCGUUGUCAACGGGACGACGAUUGUCAAGAGGCGCUUGGCCGUGCAAUGUGUGUCAGCGAACGGUGUCGAUGCCUCUCGCAGUACCAUUUCGUCAAUGAAACUGGAAAAUGCUUACCAACACGAUUUUUGUACAAUCCCUGUACAAAGGAUUACGAUUGCGUGGGUUACAGUACCGAAGAUGUCCUUGAGUGUCGAAACGGCGAAUGCGUUUGUAAAAAAGGAGAGACGGGUUGUAACAAAGGUUAAUAAGAAUUAAUUGUACCGCGUUGCUAUCGAAUACGGUCGACCUAUUUUUUAAGCUGCUCUAAGCUUUCUCUCUCACUCUCUCUCUCUCUCUCUCUCUCUCUCUGUUUCAGCCCCUCCGUUUACUUCCGUUGCAAUUCCUGCGAUACUGC